AUGUCUCCAGGGACACCUAAGGUCAGACUUCCUUUAUUGGUACUGGACUACUGUCCAGAGGAUUUGAGUAUCAGUGUAGGUUUCAAGUAUUAUUGUAAAGAAAUAUUAAUUCUGUGUUCUCCUGGUAGUGAUCGGUGGCCCCUGGCUGCACAAAACAUGAACAACUGUAACAACAAUGAUGGAAAAAAAGAUGAGAAGAAGGAUGAAAAGAAGGAGGAGAAGAAGGAUGAGAAGAAAGACGAGAAAAAAGAUGAGAAAAAGGAUGAGAAAAAGGAUGAGAAGAAAGACGAGAAAAAGGAUGAGAAGAAGGAUGAGAAGAAGGAUGAGAAGAAGGAUGAUAAGAAGGAUGAUAAGAAAGAUGCCAAAAAGGAUGAGAAGAAAGAAGAGCCAAAGGAGGUGUGGAUAAUUGAUCCUGCUACAGAUAUAUACUACUACUGGUUGUGCACAAUAUCCAUCCCAGUGUUUUACAACUUGAUGCUUCUGGUGGCCAGAUCAUGUUUUAAUGAACUGCAGUACAAUAACACAAUACUGUGGGUAGUUUUGGACUAUUCUUCAGAUGUCCUCUACUUCAUGGACACCUUCGUAAGAUCCAGAACAGGUUUUCUGGAGCAAGGACUGCUUGUAAAAGAUGAAAAGAUGCUUAAAGAAAAGUACAUGAAGACACGCCAGUAUAAAUUAGAUGUGAUAUCAGUCCUUCCCACUGACAUUGUGUUCCUCUAUCUAGGAAUCGACAACCCAGAGUGGAGGUUCAACCGUCUCUUUAGGCUAGCUCGACUCUUUGAGUUUUUUGACCGGACUGAAACUCGAACCAAUUUUCCAAACAUCUUUCGAAUUGCGAAUCUUGUACUUUAUAUCAUCAUUAUCAUCCACUGGAAUGGCUGCCUCUACUUUGCCAUCUCCAAGGUACUUGGCUUUGGCUCAGACACCUGGGUGUAUCCAAGCUUAAACCAUUCAGAAUUUUCUACGCUGUCCCGACAGUAUGUCUACUCUCUUUACUGGUCCACCCUUACUUUAACAACUAUCGGUGAGACACCUCCUCCAGUCAGAGACAUUGAAUACUUCUUUGUGGUCGCUGACUUUCUCACCGGGGUUCUGAUCUUUGCAACAAUCGUAGGCAACGUCGGUGCCAUGAUUUCCAACAUGAGCGCCGCACGUGUAGAGUUCCAGGCUAAGAUUGACUCUAUCAAACAGUACAUGCAAUUUCGUAAGGUCACCAAAGACCUGGAGGCGAGGGUGGUGAAGUGGUUUGACUAUCUAUGGACAGAGGGGAAGACCUGUGAUGAGAAGCAGGUGUUGAAGAAUCUGCCUGACAAGCUGAAGGCUGAAAUAGCCAUUAACGUACAUCUGGAGACUCUAAGUAAAGUACGUAUCUUUCAAGACUGUGAAGCCGGUUUACUUGUUGAGUUGGUCCUGAAGCUUCAGCCUCAGGUUUUCAGUCCUGGGGACUACAUCUGUAAGAAGGGGGACAUUGGCAGAGAAAUGUAUAUCAUCAAAGAAGGAAAGCUGGCUGUCGUAGCAGAUGAUGGGGUCACCCAGUUUGUGGUCCUUAGCGAUGGGGCAUACUUUGGAGAAAUCAGCAUCCUUGGAAUCAAGGGUAGUAAAGCUGGAAACAGAAGAACCGCCAACAUCCGAAGUGUUGGCUACUCUGAUCUGUUUGCCCUAUCCAAAGAUGAUCUGAUGGAGGCCCUCACUGAGUAUCCUGAAGCUAAAGAUGCCCUGGUAGACAAGGGAAGAGCGAUUCUGAUGAAAGAUAACCUCAUAGACGAAUCACUGGUUGCUGCUACUGAUAUGAAAGACUUGGAGGAAAAAGCCAACCAGAUCGGAGCUAGUAUUGAAAUCAUGUCAAACAAAUUUCGUAAGCUGUCGAAUCAGUACGAAUCCUCUCAGCGUAAACUCAAGCAGCGGCUCACUAAUUUAUCAAAUCAAGUCAGAUACCUCAAGAUCGACGAGCUUGGUGAAUUGAGAGCCGAUAUUAAUCGAAAGAUGGAAGAAAACACGGAGAAAAUAGAGGCCAGCCUCCUAAGACUUAAUGAAGCCGAACACCGUAUAUCUGAGGUGGAAACUUUUCAUUUGGAGGUGCAGGAGGCAUUGGAGCAGAUGCAGAGAGCUCAGUUGGAGCUUAAAUCUAAAAUCAUUGAUCUUGAGGGCUAUUCCCGUCGUAAUAAUAUCCGGAUAUAUGGUCUUAAGGAGGGAGCUGAGGGAACAUCUAUGCUUCUUUUUGUGGAGGACUUUUUGAAAACUGAAUUGGGUGACAGCAUUGGGCUGACCGAGCUGGGCAUAGAACGAGCACACAGGGUUCCUGGACCAAGACCUGCCAAUUCUGCAUCGCCACGCUCGACGUUGGUGAGAUUUUUAAAAUAUACCACCAAGGAGAGAGUAAUUGGUGCGGCAUGGAGGAAGAAAAUAACUAUGGAUGGGAAACGGGUGUUCUUUGACCAUGACUACGCAACAGACGUGAUGGAUAAAAGGAGAGAAUACUCGAUCAUUAAGAAAAUAUUGAAAGAAAAAGGAAUUAGAUUCCACACCCCAAUGACAAAGAUGCGAGUUUUUUUGGAUACGGGCGCUGUCACCUAUGAGAGCGCAACACAAGCCUCUGAGGAUCUACGGGCGAGGGGUUUCCAGAUCCCACCGGGACCGGAGAGCAGAAGAAGAGAUCUACCGCAGCAAAGUACCCGCUGGGAAAAAGCUAAGAGCAACCGACGACGAGUCGGAAGCGAAUAUCAACAAAAGAUACGAGAAAAACUCCGCAGGUUCAAUCGAAGUUCCGAACCGGUCCCAGAAGACGGAUAA